AUGGCUGCUACUGGUGCUGAUAGCCCCUUGGGCUCAGACAAGGGGCAAAUUUACGGUGGUCUCGCCAAGACCAUCUUUACAGAUCACCCCAAGUAUGGUGCCACAUAUUCAUCUAAUCCCAAAAAAUUCUGCGAUGCUGUUGGCAGUCGCAUCACCACACAAGUCAAAGUGUCAUUUGGCAGCAUGGGCGCUGGGGUGAUGCCAACUGAAAGGAGUCAGGCAAAGAACCUGUUGGACACAGCACUUUUGGAGCUGCCAUGGUACAAGGAUCUUGAUACCAUCUGGCACUCCAAUCCUUCAAUGGCUGUGACCAUACUCGUCAAAACUGGGUGUUUGAUCAUGUCAGUGCCCUGUAUUCCCUUGUUCAGUCAAAUAGUGGGGCCAGUUCCUCUACAUACUUUGGCACCACUCAGCAGUCAUCCCAUCCCCCCAAUGUUCAGCCAUUGCAUCCCCCAAACUUAUCAUAUCCUGUGCCCCUGCACUACACCCCCCCCUGUACCUCCUAACACGAAUAUACUUGCUGGUGGCCAGUAUCCACCAGUGGUGCUGCAACAGCCCCCUCCUGCUUCAUCCUAUCCCCCUCCUGAAGUCCAUCUUCCUGGCUUUCCAUCAGAUGAUGAUGAUGCCAAAAAUAAUUUUUCAUUUGAUAGGCACCUCGGGGAUCCUGCCAAGGACAAUGACAUGAUACUCAAUGACACUUCCCCAGUUGCAGGAAGAAGCAUCAGCUCCCCUCAACGCCAUCUCCUCCUCCAAAUGUUCCAGAACCAUUUGAGGUACCAGCAAAAACUCCAGCAUCAGCAUACAACAGCCAUUCAGCAUUUAGGGCGCAGAAGCCCUCAAGCCAUGGGAGCCAAUGCAGACUGCCAUCAGAGAUGUCAUGCAGCAUGUCAACACCAUCAUCGACUGACACACAACACUACCUCGUCGUUGGACUUCCAUAUGUCCCCGACACCUGAGACCUCCCUUCCAAAUAGCACCAGCAGCUUGAAGAAGAAGAAGGCAAAGUCGGACGUGUUGCAGCAGGUGGGGCAGCAAACACCUUCGCUUCCUCGCAAAGCUUGA